GUUCUUUCCUGUGCCUUUAAAAAGCAAAAUUAGGUUUUCAGUUGAAAGUGAAGUGUUCCAAAGUAAAUUGACUAAAUUAAACUCAAUUUUGGCCUUUAGGCACAGUAGACCUCCCUCCUCCCUGUGUUCUUCAGAUUCUUUACUGUCCUGACACGUCCCUUUCAGUACAGGGCUGAUCCAAUGUUCAAGAAAUCCCUGCCCAAAUGGCCACUAAAUGUUUCCGUCUCAUUGCAUAUCUCCUCCCAUAGUUUCAUGAGAUUUGUAUGUAAAUGGUUGGAAUUUCUAUAGCGCCUUUAUCCAAAGCGCUGUACAAUUGAUGCUUCUCAUUCACUCAUUCAUACACACUCACACACCAACAGCGAUUGGCUGCCAUGCAAGGCACCAACCCACUCGUCAGGAGCAUUUAGGGGGUUAGGUGUCUUGCUCAGGGACACUUUGACACAGCCCGGGCAGGGGAUCGAACCGGCAACCCUCCGACUGCCAGACGACUGCUCUUACUGCCUGAGCCAAUGAGACGACUGCUCUUACUGCCUGAGCCAAUGAGACGACUGCUCUUACUGCCUGAGCCAAUGAGACGACUGCUCUUACUGCCUGAGGCAUGUCACCCCAAUAUAGAAGUAUGUAGAGAUUCUUCAUAGAGAGACUUGUAGUACAAGCUAUGGACUUUACUUUUAAUAGAUAUUUUAUGAAUGUGUAGUGGAUGCAUCCCUCUGUGACAAUUUAUGGUUAUUUCCACUACUUCCAGCUGUGGUACAGUCACUUUAAGCUAAGCGGGCCGAUAUAUCAAUGAACUGGCACCUUAUGUUUUCGUAAACACUAGAAUGGGGCAGACCGUGAUUCUCUGACUCGGGGGACUGACAAUUUGACAGUGCAGCACAAUUCAUUCAUGAAUAAUUGGGCACGAGAGGGAAGCGAUCGGCUUGUUGUCAGAAGGAUGACGUCUUGGACCUGGACGUGUUUCGGUUGCACUGGGCACGACACAGAUAAACUGCCAAUUAGGCACCGCGAGGGGGAUUCUGCGUGUUAAGACAGAGCGCCGUCGCCUUUUCCGCCGGCAUUCAGCGUUGAGAGCCAGUGCAUUGAGCGCUAGACCUUCCUCGCGUGGGUGCCUACCCAAUGAGGCUGAGAUCAUUUUCACAGUUAUAUUGUCCGCUAAUGCUGAUUUCAGUGCAGAUAUGCUUCAGGGAAUUUCACAUGGCCUGAAAUAUGAUCCCAGUGCACCCCGCAAGGGCCUGGCUGUUCUGUUGAAAAGGAACAGGUUGCCAUGGUUUCUCUAAUGGCUGUUUCGUUCCAGGUGGCCUCCAAGCCGUGACCAUGUUAGCCAAGCAGGGGAGGCAGGGGAGGCAGUGGAAGUCCAUGUGCAAGGGGCUGGUCCUGGGCACCCUCCUGACCAGCUGCAUGAUCCUGCUCUACUGCCUGUCUACUCCCCAGGUCCAAAUCGAUGUGCCAGAGGUCCCAGUGCCCUACUCCUGUGCUCACCGGCCAGCACGAGCACACGCUUGGGCGCUGCCCGUAUCAAACAGCUCCCAGAAUGCCGCGGGGCAGUCUGGAACGUGCACGUCGAAGGUGGACAUCAUGUUCAUGAAGACCCACAAGACAGCCAGUAGCACCUUCAUCAACAUCCUCUUCCGCUUCGGGGAGAAGCACCGGCUGAAGUUCGCCUUCCCCGACAGCCGCAACGACUUCUUCUACCCCUCCCCGUUCCAGCGGUCGCAGGUGAAGGACUACCGGCCCGGCAUGUGCUUCAACAUCAUCUGCAACCACAUGCGCUUCGACGAGGCGGAGGUGGCCAAGCUGCUGCCCGCCGACACCGCCUACAUCACCAUCCUGCGGGACCCCGCCGAGCUCUUCGAGUCCUCCUUCCACUACUUCGGCCGCCUGGCGCCCUUCACCUGGAAGAUCGCCGGCGAGGACAAGCUCUCCGAGUUCCUGCAGGACCCCGCUCGCUACUACGACCCGGAAGGCUACAACUCCUUCUACCUCAAGAACCUGCUGUUCUUCGACUUCGGCCACGACAACAACCUGGAGCCCGGCGACCCGCGCGUGGACGAGAGCCUCCGCGCCAUCGAGCGCCGGUUCCAGCUGGUCAUGCUGGUGGAGCACUUCGAGGAGUCCCUCAUCCUGCUCAAGGACACCCUCUGCUGGGAGAUGGACGACCUGCUCUUCUUCAAGCUCAACGCCCGGAAGGGCUCCACCGUCUCCAAGCUGACGCCCGAGCUCAAGGCCAGGGCGCUGCAGUGGAACGGGGUGGACCGGAGGCUGUACCAGCACUUCAACGCCACCUUCUGGCGGAAGGUGGAGGCUUACGGCCGGGAGCGCAUGGCCCGGGACGUGGAGGAGCUCCGCAGGAGGAACGAGGAGAUGGCGGCCAUCUGCAUCGACGGCGGGCGGGCAGUGGAGGCCGCCAGCAUCCAGGAGACGGCCAUGCAGCCCUGGCAGCCCAUCGGGGAGAAGUCCAUCAUGGGCUACAACCUCAAGAAGAACAUUGACAAGAGACAUCGCAAGCUGUGCCGCAAGAUGCUCACGCCGGAGCUCCAGUACCUGACAGAGCUGGGGGUCAACCUGUGGAUAACCAAACUCUGGGGUCGCGUCAGAGACAUCAUCAACUGGUAGCCACUCCUACUGUGCCAAGGACCAAGCAAGAGCCAUGAGAGAACCACAAAGGAAGUCAGAGCGAUGGGAAUAAGGACUAAUCUCUUUGGUAGAUGUCCAGCAAAGGACCCUUACGAGCGCUUCAGCUUUAGGACAGACUAAAGCUUUGCAAGCUCUCGGUCCGGCUGUUUGGGACAUGAUGGUUUGCACCCAUUAACUGCACAGGAUUUUAAGUGGAACAGACUCCUCAUUAUGGGCCUCGGAGCUUGUAGUCAUCCUGACAGUAUUGUACCGACUCUUCCCUCAUGAACAAUGCUGUUUGCACAAUGCCUUUUAUAAAAUAGGUGCCCGGGAAAUGGCACAGAGUCCUCACUGUUAUUCUAAAUAAACCCUUUCUUAGACUGUGAUCUUCCCUUUUGUGUGUGCCUUACAAUUUCUGUUAUCAGGAGAUAAAAGCACUGGCAUGUUUUUAUAGAGGCAUUAUGUGGCAGAAAAUGACUGGUCAGUCCAUUUUUUCCUUUAUAGUCACUGCAUUGCGCAGAGUUUGUGUUUAAUUGAUGUUUUGAUUGGAUUACUGAAUAAAUAUUUGCAACGUAUUAAAAAACAACAAACCACUCAUUCAAGAUCUGCUCAGUUUAUACUUCCAGAUGUCUUUUUGUUUUCAUUUCACCUGACCACGAGUUGGCCACUAAUCUGUGUGAAAAAGUCAUGCAGACCACCACUGAUACUAAGCAGCAAAUGUUACUGUUCCUUAUGAGAACUCACAUGCCCCUGAUGUGUACUUUCAAAAUGAAGGUGCAUAUGUGUUUCACAGUUUUUUUGUUUUUUUUAAAGCAAAUAAAGAGAGUUAUUUUGCAAGAGAAA